AUGAAUGUGACAUCAAAUCAAACUUUUGUAGAUCCUCUGUUUUACAACAUAUCUUGCGAGGGUCCACAUUCAGAUGAAGCUAAGGUUUACACGUAUAUACUUAGUGACGGUUUUGUCGGCGUAUCGACAUUUCUAGCCGUUGUUAAUUUUGUUGCGAUUGUACCGACAGCUGUGUUAAAUUUGCUUAUCAUCUACGUAUUUGUCCAACAAAAAAAUAUAAGAACAAUAUCAAGUAGACUGCUUUUCAGUAUAUGUGCAGCAGAUUUUCUAAUUGGCGCAUUAAUAGAACCAAUAUUCGGAGCACACGUAAUACAUGUGACGAAGGAGAAACAAAACUGUGGCUUGUCGAAUUUUUUAAUUUACGCUGUACCUGUUUUGAUCGUUAUUACCAUGGUGACGCAUAUGUUAAUUGCUAUGGAGAGGUAUACCAGCAUGCAUUACACGAAUUUUUACAAAAAAGUUUUCACUAAAAGGUAUAUCACGUGGUUUAUCGCUUUAAUUUGGGCAGCUUGUCUAUUUUGCUUUGUACUGCCGUUCAUAACCGGUGAUCCUGUGCUUGGGACCAGAAUCAUUGUCACAUUUAUUCUAGUCUCGCUGGCUGUUUGCUCGUUUUGCUACAUAUCCAUGUAUCAGGAUUUUAAGUGGCAGGACGGAAAACCAACAGCAAAAAUUAAAGGUGCUUAUAUCAUCAGAGGCAUGGAACCGACAGAAAGAUCUGUGACAGAGAAAGAAGAGUUUCAAAAAAAUGUUCAAAUUUCUUCAUUUUACUUUAAGCUUUUCAUUUGCAUGGUUGUUUUUUAUGUUCUUAACUUGACAAAGAACGCAUUGAACAGUUACGAGAUCUUUAAAGGGAACGGCCAUUAUAUCGUUCAUUUCAUGUUUGACACUGUGCUGUUUUUAAAUGCAUUUGUUAAUCCUUGUAUAAUCUUAAUAUACAAUACUGAAAUAAUGAAGGCAGUUUCGAUCUGGUGGAGAUAA